UGCGUGUGUCUACAGGUGUACCUUUUGGCCCUUGUGGACCCUUGACAUGAUUAGGGGUCCAACAGGAGUCUCGGAGCAGGGAGCAGGAGCGCAGAGGAGCUGAUGGAGUCCUGAGGCUGGAGCUGGUUUCUAUUGUCCCAGCUGCAGUUGCAUUCAGGGGACUAUAUCACUGACGGACUGUCAAAAUGACAUAGUGGUAAACACAGUAAGUGAGUCCACAGACAGUCGCCAUCUGAUGACUGCACAGCCACCUGGCCGGCUAAAAUAACUUCCCCUGAACAGUUCAGUAUGUGUGGAGGGAAUUCAAUGUUUGUCUGCCCUAAGUGUUUUUAUCUGGCUGAAUAACGGCGUUUCUCACCCAAAUUGGCUUGAUUUCGGGGAAUCCCAGGCUCUGGCAGAAAGCCUCAGUAGCUCUCCCCAGAGAAGCAGUCGACUCUCCGUCCAGAGCCAGAGGCACACUGAGGAAGCAUAGACUGUCACCCUGAAGGCCCCGUCUUGAGGAGGAGAGCAGGACUUGGCUUCGGAAGCAGUUUGUGAAGCCUGAGGGCUGUUUGGAUCCCCCCCCCCGCCCCCAUCUCUUAGCCUACAUGAGACCAGCUGACAGUCAGUUUGGUCUGUUGGACAUGUGGAUGUUUCUAACAGGAAUUUCGUCUCCAGUUUGUAAAACCAUCUAGCUGUGGGACUUGUAGCUCAGGGGCCCAGCCAUGGAGGGUCUUGAGCAGCUUGACAUGGUGGGCGAUAUCAGCCCGGCUCUAGAGGCCACUGAGGAAUUUAUCCACUGCAUGGGUGGGAUGCAAGGCCAAGGUCCGAGUCAGGCGCAGACCGGGACCCUGCAGCCCAAGCAGCUGCAGGAAGGGUCCAGUGCCGCUCGGGGGAAGCUGAGCUCCAGUGGCGUGUGGGGUCUGCUGGCCAGAGAGCAGACGGAGGUGGGACCCCUGGGCCUGGCCUGGGCCGACAACUUCACCGUGUUGGGGCUGGGGGUGGGCUUGAGGCACGGCAAGAGAAGCCGAGCACGCUCCACCAACGACCUGGCAGCCCAAAGCAAGGAGUGCACCCACAACACCGCAAACUCCUCGUCCAACUCGGCUUUCAAGAAGGGACACAACCGGUCCAGAUCGGACGUCAACUACCGGCCGUCUGUAUACACGGACAACGGACUGCCCACUGUGGACUGCAACACUCUGAAGAACAUGAUCCUCAACCACCAGCCAGAGGCUGAUAAAAGCAGCAGCAGCAGCAAAGUGGUGAAGCAGGGGGAGAUGGAGCAGCGUGAGGGUCCGCGGGGUCGCUGGACGCGCUGCCAUGUGGAGCUGACGCCCUGCGAGCUGCGGAUCUACACCCUGGACAGCAGCGCCAACCGCCAGCUGGGCACCGCCUGCUCUCUGUCCCACUGCCAGAGCAUAAUCUCCCCGGCACCCUGCAGCGUGGCCGGGCAGAUCCCCCAGCCCGCAGACCCUCGCACGCUCCAGGCUUUGUUCUUCAACAGCACGCGUCUCCAGCUGAGGGCAGCCAGCCAAUGGGAGGCCGUGGAGUGGAGACGGCUGAUGUGGGACAGGGUGCAGGCGGUCCGACCCGUGAGGAAGGAGAACCACCAGCGUAAGAGCGCAGCGGAGAAGCAACAGGUCGUCAAGUUUUCUGCACCCAUGUCACCGUCCUCGUCGUCAGGGCUCGACACCAGGCCUGACGGAGACAGCGACACCCCCUCCUCAUCUCUCGAGUCUACUGUCCCGAGCAGACCCACCACCCUGCCUCUGUUCACCCAACGCUGCCAGGAUGUCCUCAAAUCUGGCCUGCUCCACAAGCUGAUGGAUCAGAACAACUGGAGAGCCUUCACCUUCGUCCUGACCAGAUCCACGCUCAGGGCUUUCCCUACCGAGGGCCGAGGGUCUGUGUCCAAGCCUGUCCUCCAGUACACGCUGUCCUCCUGCUUGGCUGUGCAGAACGACCAGGAGCCAGAGAACGGAGAGCCGUGGACAGACAGAGGGGGCCGCUUCCAGGUAGUUUUCCCAAAAGACGUACUCAGGCUUCAGGCGGAUGAUCAGUCCAAGGCCCAGGAGUGGGUGGAGGCCCUGCGGGAGGCGGUGGGAGUGCAGAGGCCUGCCCAGGAGGAAGGGGGAGAAUCAGGAGAAGGAGCUCCAGCCCUCCAGGGAGUUCUGCUGAGAUCGAAACCAACCAGGGAGCGGAGACAGCGGGAGGCCCAGAGAGCCAAGAGGCAGUCCGUCACCACCAGCUUCCUCAGUAUCCUGACCUGUCUGGCUGUGGAGAAGGGCCUGACUGCUCAGGGCUUCAGGUGUGCAGGGUGUCAGCGUCCAGUCGGUCACUCCAGAGGAAAAGCAAAGAUUUGCUACUACAGCGGCUGGUACUACUGCCAGAGCUGCCAUCAGGACAACUCCUUCCUCAUCCCAGCCCGCCUGCUGCACAACUGGGACACCAGCAAACACAAGGUGUCCAAACAGGCCAAGGAGUUCCUGGAGUUUGUGUACGAGGAGCCCCUGCUGGACGUGCAGCAGCUCAACCCGUGUCUGUACGAGCACUGCGAGCCGCUCAGCACCGUGCUGCGGCUCCGGCAGCAGCUCCAGUCGCUAAGAGCCUACCUGUUCAGCUGCCGGGCAACCAUCGCCGAGGACCUCAGACGAAGGAUCUUUCCCAGGGAAUACCUGCUACAGCACAUCCACCUGUACUCCAUGGCUGACCUGCAGCAGGUGAUUGAUGGGAAGCUGGCUCCCUUUCUGUCCAAGGUGAUAAAGUUCGCCAGCUCCCACGUCUUCAGCUGCAGCUUGUGUCGAGAGAAAGGCUUCAUCUGUGAGCUCUGCCACAACGAGCAGGUCAUCUACCCGUUCCAGGAGAACGCCACCAGGAGGUGUGUGGGCUGCGGCGCUGUGUUCCACACCGAGUGUCGGCAGAAGGCCCAGCCGUGUCCCCGCUGUGUCCACAGAGAGCUCCACCACAAGAGGCCGUCCUCCUUCUGGUCCCCCGACGACGACAGCUUCCACCUGCCGUACCAAGACACCUGAGACUCACGGUACUGAAGCAGAGACAGUCAGGGGGCUGAGGGACACAGCGCUGGACCAAGUGCCUGCUCCUCUGAUCCGUGUGUUUCUCCAGGACAGAUUCUGUGACGGAGCUCAGAGUCUGAUGCACCGUCAGGUUGGAUUUUGAUAACCGGAGCUCAACCUCUUUGUCCUGCUGCAAAGAGCAGGGAGGAAACCAUCUGAAGAACUGCUGCACCACGCCUCACACGAGAUGACCCACGUCAAGGUCAUCGUCCAUCAUCGUCACCCCUUUCAUUUGUUCCUUAUUCUAAACACAGGUGGUAAUCUGGAGACGUUAGUUCGAUGAGUUAUUCUAACUCUUCCAGCACAAUUUAGGUGGUGAAAACAUAAGUCAAUGGGGAGAAAAGUAAAUAACAAAAUUAGCAAUUGAUUCAUUCUUUUUGAAAAAGCCAAAACACAUUUUCUCGUUUGAGUCCCCUAAUGUGAAGAUUUCUUUUGGUUUUUGACCAAAUAAGCUAAUCACGAUCAGGUGUUUUGUCAUUGUUUACAGACUCAUUAUUUUAUGGAGAAAUAAAGUGAUUCAUUUGUGAUGAAAAUAAUAAUAAUUUUCACUAAUAAUCAUGUUAAAGGAACACUCCAUCGAAAAACCUAUUUCAGUUUUAAACUCUGACACAUUGUAGCAUUAAAGUGGCUGUAAAGAGUUUCUAGUUCCCUUCUUCCAAAAAAAACAACUGGUUUUGUUGUUGAGAUCUUUCCUCCUGUUCAUACUGUCCAGUGAAAUAGUUAUUUUUUCUAAAAUGAUUUGAAUGUAAGUGAUGGGGGGGGGACAACAUCUAGUGUUCUUGUUUUAGGCCAAAUGUAUUGAAGGUGUAUGAAUUGGUGGCUUUAACAGCCAGUCAGUUCUUUAACAGACAGUCAUUCAAGUUUGUAUUUUCCAAAAUUACAAUGUUUAAGUUUGAAAUGCCUUUUUCUGUAACGGCCACAGUUUAUAAACAUAAGGAACAUUUUGUAGAAGGAAAAAGCUAUAACUUUAGAAGAUAUACACUUGAUUUGAUGAACUCAAACGACUGAAGAGUCAUGUUGUAUUCAAAUCAAGUUUAAAGUAAACUUUUAUGCAGACUGCGGACAUCACUUGCAUUAUAUAUGCAUAUAUUGGAAUGGCCACUAUGAACAGGAGGCCUGAUUACAGGAGCAUUUUCAAUGAGCAUACGGGUAUUGUUUCAAUACAGAGUUGAAGAAAUGAGCCUUUCCUUUAAUCAGUUUUCAGAACAUCAAGAGAAGCUUCUCCAACCUGCAGCAUAAUCCACUGUUUCACUUUACAUGUAAGGAAUCCAAUGUGUUUCCUGCAUUAGUGAGAGCUCAGGAGACUCGAAGUUGAUGAGUGAGAAGAUGACUAAUGUUUUUUUAUGUGGGAUUAUGACUAACUAAAUCCUAGGCAAAAUGUGAUAAUGGGAAUGUGUUGGAAACCAACAGAUGAAUUGAUAAUAAAUAAGUAGUCAAAUGUAUAUUUAGUGGUCAUUAAUCCAGACAAACAGGCUGGAUAACCAAGUUUAUAUUAAGUUGUAUUUGGACAGCAUAUUAGUACUUAAAGGUCAAGGUGGAUUAUGCUGCUGGGACAGUUUCAUAUGUGACGUUUUGAUUACUUUAUUUCAAACUGUGACAAGGUGUCAACAUUUAAAUGAAUCGUUACCGACUGAAUCCAAACUUAUAAGAGUCAUUUUGAAGUGUUUUUUUGGGAAGGGGGGGGGGGGGUCACAUGGGAUGUAACUGGAGCCAUUAUAGGGAUAUGUUAACCAAUAAUAAUAAAAGUUAUAAAUGAUCGCUCUGAUUUAAAUAUAGAAAUCCCUACAGCCUUUCAUCAGAUCAUAUUCUCACUAACCUUAAACUGAGUCAUUCUUCUUGCAGAUGUGGAAUGAAAGAUGUUUACUUGUUUUCUUGUUACAUGUAAACAGACUUUACCUUAAGGGUCGGACUGUCAGCACAUUUCUUCAGUCCAACUGUAAAAUACCAGGGGCAAUAAUCUACUGUCAUUUAUUCUUUCCCCCCCGCUCUUCCUCUGUGAUUCUACUUCCUGUUGUGCUUUAUUCAUGACAGACAUCAGACAUGAUAGCAGCUUUAGCUUUUAGUAUCUCUAUGCAACCUAGAUGGCCUUUAUUACCCACUGCUUUCAUGUGUUAAAGGUUGAAAUACACUUUGUGUUUGAACCUAGCAGCUGCAUUUCCAUCCUGUUUGAGCUCAUUGUACUGAACUGUUGGGAAAAAGAAAUACAGAAAUAUUAUAAAAGAAAGCUAAUUUAGGUUCAAAUCAAUUGUGUUUUUUGUUGGAUCUAAUACUAUUGAAGAAGCCUAUAAAGUAGUUUAAAAGAAAAGAUAAAUAUGUUUUUCUUCUACAGACAGAAUUCAGUUUUGCUCCAAUCAGAAACUCUUAAAGUGCUGCCUCAAAUUUGGGUGGAAAUGUUUCUGCUUUUUCUACCUGCAUCUUCUCUUCUGAGAAAUCGAAGGGCAUGUUUUUGUCUGUGCUUGUUCUUUCCUCAUCCCCAUGUUCCCAACUCGUUUAAGCCAUACAAACAUGUCAACUUUGAAGUACAUUUAUAAACGAAGGAGCUUUGCAGGUUUAUUCCUGAAUAUGUAUUUUUGUGAUCAGACUGAUUCAUGUUAAUGAAGCAUGUAGGGUACUGUAGACUAAAACUAAAUAACCCAGCGUAGUUUAAAAUAUGGCAGGUAAAGUGCACUGAUGUGUAAGUUUAUAUAUUUUUGUUACGUUUGUUUUGAAGGUAAAACAGGGGAUACCACACAUGUCAUGUUUAAGUUAUUGUUUACUGCCUGCUGCAUAAAGAGCUGGUGAAAGGAUGGUGAAGUAUUGUUGAUAUGCAGUAUAUGUUGACGGAGAAUUAUUGUUAUUUUGUUCUGUGUUCUGUGGCUGCUCUCUAAAUCAUGCUGUUCAUGUGUGUACUGCAAAGCCCAGCAAGAUUCAGGGAUUGUUUUUGUGAUUUGAUUUGUGCACAUCGAUUAGAUGUUCGCAAUGGAAACAGUACACAUCAAAAUGGCUGCUGCUUGGGCCCUCCUGAUCUAAUCUUAAUCACAAUCAGAGAAAAUUACCUAAACUACUUGAGACUGGCCCGAGCUCAACACUUUAUGCAAUAAGUACUGCAGGCAGUUGUAGUCCUAUUAUAGUAGAGUAAAACGUGCCUUCAAACAAAGUUUAAAAUAUCUGUAUAAAUUCACUUUUAGCUCCGAAAGUGAAUGCUUUAGAUAAUCUGGAUACAUUUUUAAAGGACCACUUUAUAAAAAUGUAAACUUGUGUUUUUGUGGAAUUUGCUAUUUAGAAAUGAUGCAUGUGAUAACACGUAGAUCUCAUUAGAAUGUGUGAGGACAUAUUUUGUUCACAAUGUAACCCUAUGUAAAACUGUACCAAACUUUUGACGACAAAUAGUUUUCGUGCUACAGAAUAUGGAUGUUUUCCACUUCCUGCUGGGCUCUGUAGUCUGCCUCUCUGUCGCUGCAUUAGAUGUGUAUAAAUGUGCUUCUGAUUACUUUCAAACUGAAACAUGUUUUGCUUGUUAUAUGCAGUAUGGUUUGUUUGUCCCUCCUACACAUUUGCCAAUUUCCAUCUGGAUUUGGAAUCAUAACUAUGUUGUGAAUGAUGUUUACCUAUUAUGUUUUCUAUCCUUUCAGUUACACAAUGUUUUUGACAAAUCAACGAGUACAUAAAUGUACAUGUUUCAGGCACAUUUCGAUCAUGGCAGUAUGUUUUACUUGACGUAUUUGGAGAAAAACAAUUUGUACAGUAUUUAAGCAGAAUAACUGGACUGAAAUUCAUCUCUCUUUUGCACUUUUUAAGUUAUUAUGUUUCUAUUAUUUUCAUUGUUCCUUUUCAUUGCAGCCAAACUUCUUAUGCAAACACAGGGAGCUGAUUGUUUCGUUUAAUCCUCCUGUCCUGGUUUUGUUCAAAUUUGUCUGCUCGCCACUGAUGCCAAUAAAAACAAACUUCUUAAUAGUGAAA